AUGGAGGACCGGAAGAGGCCUGCUGCCGAGAACAAUGAGUCCGCCCCGCCUUUGAAGAAGCAGGCGACCACCGUCAACGGUGGGAACAAACCUCAUCCAGAUACGGAUAUGCCAUGGAAAGAUGACUUAGAGCGAUUCCAAAAAGACGCGAUUCUUCGCCAGAUGCAAGAGUACAAGCGGGAGAAAGCUGGGUUAGAGUCGCGCCUGGAACGGAUGUCCAAGGCUGCUGCGCACCAUGACAAUCACCUUCGCGCUAUCGAUGCUUGGUUUCGUCAGUUGAUCGAUGAGGUGAAAACGAUUCUCGGGGCCUCACAGGAGGCGAUCAAAGGUCAGUUCUUUUACCCUUCCACAAAGUAUGGGCCGCUGGGAGAUGCAAGACUGACAAGGCCCAUAGAGCCCGUCUUCAAGAGCUCACUCCAAUUCGAAGAUGUGGAAGAAUUUGAGAGCCAUCUGAAGUCGAGAACUGACGAUAUUCGCGAAAUCAUCUCUUACUUCCACUCGAGAAUGGCCAGUUUGUCACCUGACGUCACUCAGCUACAAGAUCAAUUAGCAAAGAAGCUCGCAGAGGAGAAAGUGACGAUCGCGAGACUGGAACAGACCGUUGCCGAAAAGCUACAACUUGAAGAAAGUCUGGAAGCCGCCUCACUUCGGUAUAUGGUGGCGGAAAAGAAGCUCGAUCGAGCACGCAGCAUGACUGUUGCCAAAUUGGAAAAGCAGUACAUGAUGGGUGGACAGCGCCCAAGCUCCGAGAGUGCACAGUCCAAACGUGAAGAAUCAUCCCCGGCCAAUGGUGGAACGCCUGUAGGGGAGCGAAGUGCUGAGUUAGAGGAAACCAACAAUAAGCUCAAUGCGGUAUCAGAGAGGCAAAAAGAACAGUUGCAGAAGUUGGAGGUGGAGAACGCGAAAUUGCUCGGACAAAUUACUGAGAUCAAGAUCAAGUCCUCGAAACUUACAGACGAUGAUUAUGCUCAUACCGAUCUCUUCAAACAACUUCGAUCCCAGUAUGACGAUGUGGUCAAGCGCAUUAACCAUCUGGAGGCGACAAAUGUCCAGCUGCGCGAGGAAGCCGAGAAGUAUCGCUCUGAAAGGAAUGCAUACAAAUUGCAACUGGAGGAGGAAUCAAGGGCUACGAUUGCGGAGAAGGAGGCGGCACUGAUGAGAGCCGAGACCGACUUGGCACGGAUACGGAACACUCGUGAUGAACUUUUCGCCGAUCAGCAAAUACGCAAGAACGCUCAGGACCAAGAGAAAACGGCAGGUACCAAGUUGCAGGAGCUGGCGGAUGCCCGCGAAGCCCGCAUCACCGCUUUGGAGUCCGAGAUUGAGAGAUUGCGGCUGCAAAUUGAGGGAUCCAAGACGGCCGAGAACGUGGAUGAUAUACCGCUUGAAGAACUUCGUUCCAAGUACACCAGCCUGGAACGCCAAUAUUCCAUGCUGAACACCGAGUUGGCCUCUAUGCAAACAGCAUACAAGAAGUUCUCAACCCUUGCUUCACAGAAAGUGACAGACUUUGGGGCUUUGGAAGAGAAAGUGGCCCGGCUGACGGCGGAGAAGUCCAAGGCCGAUCAGAAGUACUUUGCUGCCAUGAAGAGCAAGGAGGCACGGGAUGUGGAGGUUCGCACACUUCGAAUGCAGAACUCGAAGACUUCCGAUAUUGUCUCGCAGUUGAAGGAAUCCGAGGCUGCGACAAGAUCCUUGUUGUCUAAUCUGGACAAACAAGUCAAUGAAACGAAGGAAGCGCUGAAUUCCGCAUUGGAAAAGCACCGGGUGACCCAGCAACAGUUGACUGAGAGCAACAUUGCAGCAGAAGGCCUGAGGAAUCAUAUCUCAGAGUUGAAAGCUCUCUCAGCCUCCAAGGACACGACCCUGAGCAACACGUCGACUGCUUUGCGGCAAGCAGAAACCGAGAUCGCAGGCCUGAAGCAAUCCCUGUCAGACACGAAGAAGAGUCUGGACAACUGGAAGAACAAGAGUCUUGGUAACAACUCCUCCGAGUAUGAGAUGCUGCGGACACUUGCACUGUGCACGGUUUGCCGCCGCAACUUCAAGAACACGGUGAUCAAGACAUGCGGUCACGUCUUCUGCAAGGACUGCGUGGAGGAGCGCCUCACCUCUCGGUCCCGCAAAUGUCCCAACUGCAACCGUUCCUUCGGAAGCAACGACCACAUGCACAUUACCCUAUGA